CUGUCAUUCGUGCUGUGCUGUUGCCGCCUGUUAAAAUUUUGUUUGGCGCACGUUUAUCUAACAAGCGGCGUGGUUUCUAGUGAAUUUGUCCCUUGUUAGAGGUUUAUAAUGGAAUUCUUAGAAUAUAAUGAUGUAUCAGCAGAAAUCAAAGGAGCUAUGGUGCCAGGACGUUUAAAAAUGACCGAUCAGAAUAUUAUAUUCAAGAACAGCAAGACCGGAAAAGUGGAACAAAUAUCGUCUAACGACAUUGAACUAGUAAAUUUCCAGAAAUUCGUAGGAUCUUGGGGCCUGAGAAUAUUCAUGAAAAAUGGUACACUACACAGAUACGGAGGCUUCAGGGAGGGGGAGCAAGAAAAAGUGGCCAAGUUCUUCAAAUCAAACUACAACAAGGAUAUGCUAGAGAAAGAGCUGUCUCUCAAGGGCUGGAACUGGGGCACGGCCAAGUUCAAUGGGGCCGUGCUCAGUUUUAAUGUGGGAUCUAACACUGCUUUUGAGAUCCCACUGCAUUAUGUCUCACAGUGCAAUACAGGGAAGAACGAGGUUACACUUGAGUUUCAUCAGAAUGACGACACACCAGCAUCCCUAAUGGAGAUGCGUUUCCACAUCCCAACAAAUGAGCUAGCGGGCGACAUGGAUGCGGUGGAGGCCUUCCAUCAGCAGGUCAUGAACAAGGCCAGCGUCAUCUCCGUCUCCGGUGACGCCAUUGCCAUCUUCAGGGAACUACAGUGUCUUACACCUAGAGGUCGCUACGACAUCAAAGUGUUCCAAACCUUCUUCCAACUGCACGGUAAAACGUUCGACUACAAGAUCCCCAUGUCGACGGUGCUCCGUCUGUUCCUGCUGCCCCACAAGGACACGCGGCAGAUGUUCUUCGUGGUGUCUCUGGACCCGCCCAUCAAGCAGGGACAGACGAGAUACCACUACUUGGUGCUACUAUUCGGCAUUGAAGAGGAGACGAGCUUGGAACUGCCUUUUACUGAGGAAGAACUGAAAGAAAAAUACGAGGAUAAAAUCAAAAAAGAGCUUUCAGGACCAACUUACGAAGUGUUGGCGAAAAUUAUGAAGGUCAUCAUAAACAGGAGAGUCACAGGCCCAGGCGACUUUUUAGGGCACCACAAAACCCCAGCAAUAGCGUGCUCGUACAAGGCGGCUGCCGGCUACCUGUACCCGCUAGAGAAGGGGUUCAUCUACGUGCACAAGCCGCCCGUACACAUCCGCUUCGAGGAGAUCGCCUCCGUCAACUUCGCUCGAGGAGGCGCCUCUUCCACCAAAUCGUUCGACUUCGAGAUCGAGCUGAAAUCCGGCAGCGUGCACACGUUUAGCAGCAUCGAGAAGGGAGAGUACGACAAGCUGUUCGACUACAUCACCUCCAAGAAGCUACACGUCAAAAACACCGGCAAGAACGACAAAGCCCUGUACGACGACGAUUUCGGCGACUCGGACACGGAGAAGGAGCCCGACGCGUACCUCGCGCGCGUCAAGGCCGAGGCCAAGGAGCGGGACAGCGACGACAGCGACGACGAGAGCACCGACGAGGACUUCAACCCCGACAAGGCCAAGGAGAGCGACGUCGCCGAGGAAUACGACACGAAUCCGUCGUCAUCAGAAGACUCUGACGCGUCCAACGCGUCCGGCGACGACAAGAAAGAUAAGAAGAAGGAAAAGAAACCCAAGAAAACUAUCACUAUUUCCGAAGCGCCCCGUAAACGCAAAGACAAGACCAAAAAGAAGGAGAAAGACGCGAACGCGCCCAAACGGCCUUCGACCGCGUUCAUGCUGUGGCUCAACGAGAACCGGAAGAAAAUCACAGAGGAGAACCCCGGCAUCAAGGUCACCGAGAUCGCCAAGAGGGGCGGCGAGCUGUGGCGAGACCUCAAGGACAAGUCUGAAUGGGAAGUGAAGGCCGGCAAAGCGAAAGAAGAAUACAACGCAGCCAUGACGAAAUACAAAGACAGUGGCGCCGCUGACGAGUUCAAACAGAAGAAAAAACAAGCGGCCAAGGACGCCAAGGCGGCCGAGAAGAAAAGUAAGGCGCCCGCCAAGAAAAGCAAGAACACGAGCGCCGGCUCCGGGUCGGGCAAGUUCACCAGCAAGGAGUAUAUCGAGGACGAUGACAGCUCUUCAGACUCGGAUAAGGAUAAGAAAAAGAAGGAUACUAAAGAUAGCAAAGAAUCGAAGAAAGAAAAGGCGAAAGCCAAGAGUUCAUCAGAAUCGGAAGCCGAAGCCUCCGCUUCCGGGUCGGGGUCCGACGAGAGCGGCAGCGGGAGCGAUUAGUGUACUAACUAUACGUUUAGAUAGAGUACAACCCAUGAAUAUGUUACAACUGUCAUUUUGGAAUAAGAACUGCAUACUUAGUUA